GAUAGGGGAUUAGAAGGCCAAAGAUUUAACAGAGCAAACUCACACCAACCAACUGUUUUCUUUUUAAUUUCUACCUUGUAUUGACGGUGAGGUUUUGCUUUUGUAAACUUCUUUUACAGGGUGUAAUUUAGAUAGAUUUGCAAAACUAAAUUCAUAAAAACAAGCAUCAUCUGAGGCAGUCACUCAAUCAGGAUUUGACAUCAUCCGCCUUUCACCAUGAAAGGAUUAAGCCUGUAUUGAAAGGAGGAAACAGGUGUCACAUCAGGACCUGAAUACAUUGAAUUUGAAUAUGGAAGGAAAAACCAUACAUGGGGAGAAACCAUACAGAUGCUCUGUGUGUGGGCGAGGCUUCAACCAUUCAUCUGGUCUGUCAAGACAUAAGCUCAGUCACACUGGGGAAAAACCGUGGAAAUGUAGAGAUUGUGGCAAGGCAUUUACAUCCCCCUCUGACCUGGAAAGGCAUCGGCGGAGUCACACUGGGGAGAGGCCUUUCUCCUGCUCUGUGUGUGGGAAAGGAUUCAAUCAGUUGUCCAACUUGCUACAACACCAGCGAGUUCACACCGGGGAGAGACCUUUUAAAUGCCCAGACUGUGGGAAGUGUUUUAAAAGUGCUGGAGAACUGAUGUCCCAUCAACGUGUUCACACCGACGAAAGACCGUUCCGAUGCUCUCAAUGUGACACUCAGUUCAAGUACUCAUCUGACCUCACUGUCCACCAGCGAGUUCACACUGGGGAGAAACCAUUCGCCUGCUGUGAGUGUGGGAAGACAUUCUCUCAGUUAUAUAACUUGUUGACACACCAGCGAGUUCACAGUGAUGCGCGACCUUUUAAGUGUUCCGACUGUGGUAAGUGCUUUAAAUGUUCAGGGAAUCUGAUAACACAUCAACGUGUUCACAGUGAUGCGCGACCUUUUAAAUGUCCGGACUGUGGAAAGUGCUUUAAAAGCUCUGGAGAACUGAUGUCGCAUCAACGUGCUCACACUGAUGAGAGACCAUUCAGAUGCUCACACUGUGGGAUCGGGUUCAAGAAAUCAUAUAACCUCACUGUACACCAGCGACUUCACACUGGGGAAAAGCCAUUCACCUGCUCAGAGUGUGGAAAAGGAUUCACUCAGUUAUACAAUCUGCAGACACACCAGCGAGUUCACACAGGAGCACGACCAUUCAUCUGCCCAGAGUGUGGGAAGGGAUUUACUCAGUCAGCCCACUUGGUCAGACACCAACAAGUGCACAAAAAAAUAUAUUGAUUGGAUUUUACUGUGAAUUAUCAUCUAGGGCAAAACUAUGUUCUUGGUGUUUGCGUCUACUGAUAUUUAUGAACUACAGUUUAGUCGAGUGUUAAUA